AUGGCUUCCUAUGCUUCUCCUCCUCCCUACAACGCUUCCAACGCUGGCGUCCUUUCCAGUCGACCGCGAGGCAGCUGGGUUGACCCCCGAACCUAUGUCAAAUAUGAUCGACCCAAAGGCUAUCAGCAUCUGAAAGAUAUCUCAAUUACCGCUGUACCUGACGUAGACCGUGACGCGCCGCUAAAUCUACAGCUGGAGAAGGCUGAAGGGUAUAUCAGCUCCUCAAGACGCGCGCUGGAAUUUGAUCGGCUCGAUUUGGCGUACAAGGACUACCUCAAGGGGUCUGAACUAGCUAUCAACUCGAUCCCGGGACAUCGAGAAUACGGCUUCUACUGCAAUGCAAAGAAAGGAUGGGAGAAUCGCCACAAGGUACUUUGCAGAACCAUUCAAGCCAUGGGAGGCAAGAUCGAGGACGUACGGCAUAUUAUCCAGGAGGACAACGCGAGAUCCGGAGCACAACCACAACAUGCAGAUCAGAGGUCGGCAUCGCAAGCUAAUGGACUGCAAAUGCCCAGCCCACCUCGAAAUGAUCCUGGCCAGCCAUUUGGGACUUCUCCGCGAUCGUCUCUAUCGAAUGGAAGACCAGCGAUUCGCCCCAAACCGGCGGAUCUUUCUGAUCGUUUCGCAGCCCUGAGAAUGCCCAGUUACGAUAGUCCUGAUUCAAGGUCACGACCUCAAUCAUAUUCCCCCCAGUCAGCUUCCAGCAACGGCUCGUUCCGCCCGUUCGGUCCACGCGAUAUGCCUGUCGUCGCUACAGGGCCAAACAUACCGCCCAAAGUGCCAAUCACGUCUCCUGAAUCUCUGCCCAGGCCCCCAAGCCCAACAUAUAGCCCUACAACAGCAAGGGCAGUUUCAAUACAUUCAAAUUCCUCCAGAUCAUCAAUUGACCCCGCCCAAGCUAACGGCGAACGAAGAACUACUUACUAUAAUCAACCGAAUCCUGUUCCCCAGUCUCUUCAGCGGGCACGCGGGGAAGAGAGCCCUUACCGCCCGCGAACGCCCAACGGAGUACAUUCUGCCAUUAUCGCCAAAAGCAGUUCGAGUGAGAUACCCCACGAGCGUACAAUUAGCGCCGAGCGACUAAAAGACUACAUUCGUAAAUACAACGUCCUAAUUAUUGAUGUGCGGGAACGGGAGAUCUUUGAUCAGGGCCACAUUUUUACCAAGUCCAUCAUGUGCAUUGAGCCCGUUUCAUUGAGAGAAGGUGUCUCGGCAGAAGAGCUUGAGGAUCGAUUGGUGGUUUCUCCAGACUCGGAGCAAGCACUUUUCGAGAAGCGUAAUGAGUUUGAUGUCAUUGUGUAUAUGGAUCAGGCGACCAGCUCUACCAAGUUCUUGUCAGGUCCACCAACAGGGAGCACUACUCCAGCACUUCGAGCUCUGUACGACACUCUUUACGAAUUUAACGAUUACAAACCGUUGAAGGAUGGAAGGCCUCCUGCAUUACUGCUCGGAGGCUUAGAUGCAUGGGUGGAUCUUAUGGGACCUCAAUCGCUCCAGGCAUCGCACACAGCGGCACUCAUGGGCUCAACCAAACUUCGCCGAGGCGCUGCCGGGCAUCUUAGGCCUGGAACGCGACGAGUGGGAAGCGUGAACUCGAGGAUUGAAGUACGUCGGCGGAGAUUGCAGAAAUAUCAGCCACUCAACGCAGACGAAGAGCAAGCCUGGAGGCAGAAAGCUCAAGCUGAGCAAGUCGACACUGCUUAUUAUGCCCAAGAUGGUAGCGAAGAUGGAACCGAGGACCUAGAAACCGUGAUUGAAGAACCCGGGUCGCCAUUUGUUCACGACUACGAGACUUUCCUUCGCAAAUUUCCAGAGGUCAAUGGUAUACAAGAGUCCAUGACAAGGCCAACCAGAUUACCUCCGCAACCGCCUCCUCCAACCACCAGAUUUGAGCAGCCUCUUUCGAGGCCAGAGAUACCUUCACGUCCACCGCCAGCUGUUCCUCGACCUAGUUACUCUGGUCAAGCUGAUCUACAGACAUCCCAAGCACCGCUUGCCAGACAGGCUUCGGCAACGCGGCCACCUCUGUAUGCCUCAUACUCUGCAUUGAGACGCACCAAACUCCCACGCACCGGUCUCACCAAUUUUGGCGUGACGUGCUAUAUGAAUGCGACCAUACAAUGCCUGUCAGCCACAAUUCAGCUUUCCUCUUUCUUCCUCGAAGAUGAUCGGUACAAACAAUAUCGACAAAAGAACUGGAAAGGAUCGAGCGGUAUCAUGCCGGAGCUUUAUACCAAUCUCAUCCGCUCUCUCUGGAACCAAGACGUCGAAGUUAUCAGACCCACCACCUUCCGCAACUUUUGCGGCCGCAUGAACCGCGAGUGGGGAAUAGACCGACAACAAGACGCGAAAGAAUUCUUUGAUUUCCUCGUCGACUGUCUCCACGAAGAUCUCAACGUCAAUUGGGCGCGCACACCGCUCAAACCACUAACAUUCGCCGAAGAGAUGCAACGGGAACGUACCCCCAUCGCCCAAGCAAGCACUUACGAAUGGUCGCGCUUCCAGCACCGUGACUUUAGCUAUAUCUCGUCGCUCUUCGCAGGUCAGCACGCCUCUCGCCUCCGCUGCACUACCUGCCGCAAUACGAGCACAACCUACGAAGCCUUCUACAGCAUCAGCGUCGAGAUCCCGCGCUCCGGUCAGGGCAACCUAUCAGAUUGUCUCCAGUCCUACUGCCAAGAGGAACGACUCUCCGGCGACGAAGUGUGGAAAUGUCCACACUGUAAAUGUGAACGAGAGGCCACAAAACAGAUUAUUCUGACGCGUCUCCCGAAGUUCCUGGUCAUACACUUCAAGCGCUUCUCGGCUAGUAAGACCGAAUCCGCACGCAAAAUCCACACCCCGAUAGACUUCCCCCUCUACGGCCUCAGCAUGGACCGCUAUGUCAUCCCUCGGCCUCUACCGGCACCCCACCAAGCCUCCAGCAACGGCCACUACCCCAACGAACAGGCGACACAGCAAGAUCCCGCAACCACACCGCCCUUCACCUACGACGCGUACGGCGUCCUCCGCCACAUUGGCUCCAGCGGCAGUGGGGGCCACUACGUCGCGUUGGUUAAGGAUCCCGGUGGGAAUUGUUGGCGCAAAUUCGAUGAUGAGAGGACGACGGAUUUCGAUCCGUUGAGGUUGAAGGGUGCGGAUAGAUUGAGCAGUGGAGAGGCUUAUAUUGUGUUUUAUCAGCGGAGUGUCGCUAGGUAG